AUGUAUUGCAGUUUAAAAGUGAUUGUAAUCACGUCCAACUCUUUUCUUCCCUCUCCGUCUCUGGUUCUUACUCUCUCUCUCUCUCUCUCUCUCUCUCUCUCUCUCUCUCUAUCCCAAGAGACAAUAUCUUGUCUUCAACAUCCGGACAACAUAAUUAAAUCUCUGCCCCUUUCCAUGUCCAUCUAUCGCCUCUGCCGGACCCACUCUACUCUUUCCUUCUUCCUUUCUUACGCUUGGCGCGAACGUUUAAUUUCGUAUCGUUGCCAAUUAAAUACGCCCGCCAUUAUUCCGGAACUGAACAAACAUAGCGCGAUGCACCGUACCAGUGACAGAGAGUUGUCGAGAAUCGAAGGAGUUAAAGGAACCAUUCAUACUUAUAAUUCAAAUGUUUUUACCAUAGACAUGCGCCUGUGUCUCCGUGGAUUUUGUCGACUUCUAAUUAAGAAAAACGGAAAACUAGGAUGUGAAGCGUGUAGAUUAGAUGAUCAUGGUGUUGGAUGGCGUAUAAACGUAUGGUUCCGUGGGAGACUUCACAUGUUGCCCGCUAUAAGUUUUUUUAAAUUAAAUUUCUUCUUUGUAAUUCCUUUUAUAAAAUGGCAAUUUAACAUUUCAUUUCUGUCGCUGGAGAGGCGUCCUAAAAUGUCUUGUUUAUUUUAG